AUGCAGUUCACCCCGUACCCCCAGCUCGCCGCGCGCGUCGCUAGCAUCAAUGCCCGCCUGGAGCCGUUCCCGCGCGCCAAGCUGAUGAUCUCCACUGUCCUCCCGCACGUCCAAGGCAGCCCCAUCCUCGACCAGAACACGCGCCGCUUCCUCACCUGGGUGACCAGCAUCAAGGCGACGCGCACCUCUCUCACACCAGGUCAACCCGAGUUCCACGCGGCACUGGCGUCGACCGAGGCGCGCAGAUACAACGAGGCGCUGUACGCCGCCGUCCUCUCCCAUCGACUUCGAAAGGUCGUGGGAGACCUGUUUCGCGCGUACUUCAGGUUCCUGGAGACGGUGUGUAAUGUCCUGGAGUUCGAGGUCACCUAUCUGGAGAUGUGGAACACGGAGGAGGAACGCGAGCGCCAGGGGGUGUACACGCGCUUCCUUCCCUGCGGCAUCGCGCGGGCGGAGGAGCAAGUCGCGGCACUCAAGGACAAGAUCGAGGCGGAUAUCAGCGAGGCCAUGGAAGGCAUCCGCAGCUUGUCCAGCGCGUUCGACCGCUACGCCCUGCCAUUCCGUCCCCCGCCUCUCUGGACCGCCGUCGCCCUGCUCCGUGGCCUCGGUGCCAUCCCUCGCCCACCAGUCCCCAUCCCCUCUGAGACACAGCCGGCAAGCACGUCUACCCAACCCGUCAACCAGCACGCUCCUAGGACCCCAGGAGAUACCCUCACCACGGGUGCGGUCCCCUCUACGGGUGCGGGCUCCUUGGUGAGUACCAUCGGCAACCCGACCAUCGACCCGAGGCUGCUGGUCGUGCGCAACCUCGACGACUCGGGGGACAACUCGUGGCUCUUCGACGGGUCCUUUCCCUAA